AUGGCCACAGUUAAUGAGGUGAAUCGUAAAAGAACGUUUGAGGUAGUGUUUAAUAACACAAACUAUGAAACAAAUUGUUCAUGCAAGGUAUUUGAGAGACAUGGUUUACCUUGUAGGCACAUGGUUUGGGUAUGGAAGGCAAAGAACCUAGCCAUGAUUCCUGAGAAAUAUGUUCUUAACAGAUGGACUACAAUGGCAACAAAAAAGCCAAUAUUUGACUUGGAAGGCAACAUUUUAGACCAAUGCACAAGAAUGGUGGACAAGAAGAAAAUCUUGAAUGAGCUUUGGUCAGAAAUUUACAAUUGUGUAAGUGAGGCUGAGCAGAAUGAAGAAGAUAUUGCUGAACUUGUUAAAAACCUUCGGACCUUGAGAUUGGACAUGGAAGCCAAAAAGAGUGCAAAUAACACUCGUAGCAAAGCACAAGACAUAGAGCUCCUAAUUGGAUCUGUGGCUCCUAGUGAGACAACAAUCAAACCCCCUAAGAUAUCAAGUAACAAGGGAAGUGGCACUAGAAGCGGAAAAAGGAUCAAGGGAGAGAGGGAGAAGGCAAUUGAGCAACAUCAAAAGAAAAAGAGGUUAUGCAGCGCUUGUGGAGAGCUUGGAUACCAUGACCUUCGAAAUUGUCCGUCAAAGAUACCUUCAUGA